AUGACAUACACAUAUGAAUAUGAAGAGGAUCUUCCUCGGUUACCAGUUCCUCUGUUGACGAAUACAACAACCCAAUUAUUGAAUGCAUUGAAACCAUUAUUGAGCAUAGAUGAAUAUAACGAAUUGCUCCAAGAAUCGAGUGAGUUUCUCGGUCAUGAAGUUAUUAAUUUGAUUCAACGUCAUUUGGUAGCAGCUUCUUUAAAUCCUAAUAAUACAUGCUACUUGAAUUGUGUGAAUAAUGGAACCAGUCCGGGUAUUUAUGGCGAAAUAAGAGGAGAUAUUCUUCCUCGCAACCCGUACUUAAUUUUAGAAGAAGAUCCGUAUGCGAAGACUGUUAAUCCACCUAACCAAAGUCAAAGAGCAGCCAAUUUGAUCAAUUCAUCUUUGAAGUUUGUAAUAAGUCUUCGUAAUGAUACAUUACAACCAGAUAAGACACCUAAAAAUGGUAAUCCCUUGUCGAUGAAUUGUUACAAUAUAUUAUUUGGUACAACAAGAGUGCCCCUCACAGAAGACGAAAAUUCGUACCAGAGUGCAACUAUACAAAAGUUUAAUGAUAUCAAUGAUUCAAGACAUAUUGUUAUCAUUUGUAAUAACCAAUAUUAUUGCUUGGAAGUGUUGACAGAGUAUAGCGAGGAGGAAUACAAGGAAUCAAAGACCAAGCAUAAAAUCUGGUUCAGUGAUUAUGAAUUGUCAGUAAUAUUACAAGAGAUAAUUAACAAUUCCAAUAGUAUUGACAGAGUUGAGUCUAUAAACAAUUCUAUUGGAUCUUUGACUACGCAAUCAUUUUCGAUUUGGAAGAUAAGCAGAAGUGAAUUGAAUAAGUCUAACAAGAGAAACUUAGAAUUGAUUGAUAACGCUUUAUUCAUAGUUGUAUUGGAUCCUAAUUUGCCAGUUUCCGAUCAAGAAAAGACAUCGGUGAUAGCACACGGUACUUCUGAGUUGUUGAAAGGAACCAAUAUGCAAGUCGGUUCAUGUACGUCCAGGUGGUAUGACAAGUUACAGUUAAUCGUUACUAAGAACUCAGUUGCUGGUGUAGUUUGGGAAUCAUCAUCAACAGAUGGGACAGCGAUUUUAAGAUUCAUUAGUGACAUCUAUGCUGAUUCUAUUUUGAAAUUAGCCAAAAACAUCAAUGGAGCUGAGUAUACAUUGUUUGAUGAUAAUGUUGGGUUUGUAUCAGCAGAUGGGUCGAAUAAUAAGCCAGAAUCUGAAAGAUUAAUGAUUACCAGAACACCAGAACUUUUGAAUUUAAUAAGGCUAUCAGAAACAAGAUUAGCCGACUUAAUACAUCAACAUGAAUACAAGACGUUGACCCUUAAAUUGAACACCUAUUUGGUCAAUAAAUUCGAACUCAGUAUGGACUCAGUUUUGCAAGUUGCAUUUCAGAUUGCAAAUUAUACUUUAUAUGGAAGUAUGGCAAAUACGUUAGAGCCUAUUACCACUAGAAAGUUCAGAGAUUCCAGGACUGAAUUAAUUCCAGUUCAAAACGAUCUUAUUUCUAGGUUGGUUAAAUUAUUUAUUACAAACUCAAAUUCUUCAUUGAAGUGGGACUUGUUCAGAGAAUGUUGUAGCAUUCACACUAAGCAAUACCGUAAUGCAAUGAAUGGUAAGGGUUUUGAGAGACAUUUUAAUGCAAUCAUCUCUGUUUUAGGGAGACCUCAUGCGGUCGAGACUUUGAAUAAAAUGAAUGCUGAUGUGCCCGAUUUGGAACCGAUUCCAGAUAUACAGAAAAUAAAAAACCUUCAUAUUCCAUUUCUAUCAAAUCCAACCAUUGAAAAGCUCUCGUCUCCUGAAUUAUUAAUUUCUAAUUGUGGUAAUCCAGCAUUACACAUGUUUGGUAUUCCACCUGCAGCCGACCAAGGUUUUGGGAUUGGUUAUGUUAUCCAUGGCGAUAAAAUCAUCAUUACUGUUAGUUCAAAGUUCAGACAAACGGAGAGGUUCUUGCGUACUUUUAAAGGAGUGAUGAAGGAAUUUUUAUCGAUUAUUAAGCAAAAAUCGAAUUUCUUGAUCAAUAUAACUGAUUCAGAAUCUAGAAAACAGGAGUUACAAAAACUUAGAAUUGAGCAUGAACUUAAGAAUAUCAAUAAAUCCCUUCCUCUGACAAAGCAUCCUAUCGAAUUGACUGUUGAAAAAACACCUAUUCCAAUAGAAAAUGUUAGCAUUGAAGAUACUGGGGAUAGUGAGAGAUCCCGCUCUAGCAGAUCUAGCUCUUUAUCGGAUGAUUAUAAGGAAGACUACGAUAUUUUAGGGGGAUAUGGGUACUUCAAUUUUGGUGACUUGGAUGUGAGAUCGGAUGAAUUAUCAAGGGAAGAAUCGUUCUUAAACAGUACUCCACCUAGCCUAUCGAGCUUGAACUCGAGACAACAUUCUUCGACAAAUCUACAUAAAACAGCAAUGACUAAUAAUGGUCCAAGCGAUAUCAAGCAAAAGUUUAAUUUAUCUGCUGAGAUUAGAGACAGGUUGCUGUUACAAGAAGAUCAUUCGUCGACGGCUUCCAUUGCAGGAAGCCUGGAGGAUGCAUUCUCAGAAGGUUCAAAUGAAAAUUCGAGUAAGCCAAAGAAACUAAUAGGUAGAGAAUUGAAUAUUUCAGACGUUCAUUAG